GUUACUCCCCUUGCCUAAAUCGAUAGAUAAGUAAACAACAUGGCGACCUCGGGAAAACACGACGAUAGUGAAACAGAAACUACGAUCGAUGUAAGCGGAUUUAUGCGCGCAUUUACUAACGACGACGACGGCGAGGAUGCCGACACGAGUACCGAAAGGUCGGGAGACAUAUCAAUGUUUUGUAAAGCGUGUUUACAUCCGUAUUGUGGCGAACAAAAGGCUGGCACGAUAGUACUCAGGUGCGAACGAUGUGGACAGACGGACACUGUCCUAGAAGAACGUGUUGGCAGUUUAAAGCCACAAGAAUGGAUAGGGAAUCUUAUGAUGAACAGAUUUAUGCAGGUGGUCAAAGAACAAGAGGACAUAAGUGCAAAUUUGUCAGAUCCUCUUUUCGCCGAGGACGAGUACCAGAGAAUAAGCCUAUGCCUAUCGGAGUAUACUUUUAAUAUAGAAAAGAUUGCAGUACAUUUCUAUGAUAUCGCCAAAAAGGCAAGACUGGCCACUGAGGAGGACAGGAAAAGGAUAGAGGCAUGCCAAGAGGUAGAUGCUUCUGUAGCUGGACUAGAGGAAGUCCAAGCCAUGAAUGCUACAAAAACGUUAAUAGAGAUUCAUAAAACACUUGUUAUGAGUAACCCAAUACCAGACAUUGAUGAAGAGACACUGGUAAAUGCUGGAGAGGACAUAUCUACCGGCAGUGCGAGCCAUGCAGACCAACAGACGGAUCAAAGUGUUGAAAAUGAGGUUAAAAGUACAGACGGUGAAAAAGCGUCUCAAGAUGGGUACAGUAGCGAAAUCCAAAACACCAAAACGAAAAGAGAUCAGCAUCAGGGUACCACGACUAUAACUUUUGAUGAAGAUGUGAAUAGAAAUAAAGAGAAGAAAAAGAGAGUAUUAGAGCUGGUUCGAGAGCAGCUGAGUCAGCUGGGACCGAAUGUGUUGUCUCUUAUUGAAACACUUAUAUCAAAGUACAAUAUUCCAGAUGAUAUAAUGGUCGCUGUGCAAGAAAGGUUACGCAAUGUUGAUAAAGCAGAAAACUGUGAAAAUACAGAUGUUGAAUCUGAUUCAGAGACUGAUUUAGACACUAAAGAUACUAAAGAUAAUCAGAACGAUGGAGCAGAGAGUGCAUACGAGGAAGAGAAUACUGAAAAGGAAAGUAAAGAUGAGGAUAGGGUGUCUGAUGAUAAUACUGAUUCAGACGGGGGGACGGAAGAGUCUUCUACAAUAUUUAAUAUACCAACUGAAACAAUACAAAAAGAAGUAUUUGAGGCUCUUGGGCAUAAACUUAAACUCCGUUUUGACAGCGGAGCUAUAAGAAAAAUUAACCUGGAUCAAACUGACGACUCGUGUCCUAAAUUCCAAACAAAAGAAGAGAAAACAGAAAAUAAUGAGACUGAUGGAAGGAAAACGACAACAUCACAAGAAAUGGCGGAAAAUUUUGAUAAAAAAUCGGAGACACCAAUUGAAAACACGUCACGGGAGGAAAGUGCAAACCCUGGGGAAAACAGUAACGAAAACGUUGACAAUGAAAAUGAUACAGAGAGUUUUAUGGUAAACUUCUAUUCGUUGUCAUCAGAGUUUAUUAGGGAAUUGCAACGACGCAAAAGUAGAGCAUUAGGUGUAAGGAAAGAUAAAGCUUUAGCAAAUAUUCAUGAAAAGAUUCAACGCCUUAAGAAAGAAAUGGAAGGAGUUGAAGAAGCAGUAACUGAAGAGUUAACACUUGCAUAUCAAAGGAAAAUGAAGAAGGUAGAGAAACAGAGGAAGCAGCUGGAUGAGAAGCAUGACCAGGUGAAAGAAGCCGAAAGACUGCUUGAAUAUUACACAAUGACGGGACAAGAAGAUAAAAUCGCGGAACUGAUAGAACAGUUCAAUAUCCAGUACGAAAACUAACUAGACUUCUGUCUAGCUUAAGACACGUUAAUUUUUGGUAGUUUUACGUGUGGCCUUCUUUGAAACUCAUCGCAUUGACAAAGAACAGAUGAUGAAAUGAUGGAUGUUAAGGAAACUUUACUUAUCAUGAUGUGUCUUAUUAAAAUCAACACUGGGAAGCGUUUUGUGUUGUAAGAAGCACUCAUAUGUCCGUUUGAAAACAAUAAGGUCGUCACAUUUUAGAAAAAAUAAUCUGUAAUGUAGAGGACCGAAACUAUUCAUAGGAAACUAUUCAAAAUAUCCAGCAUCUUCAUACUUAUAUCUGUCGUACUAAUUGGUGACUCCAUUGGCCAUUACCUUUUGCCAACAAUGUUUGUAAGUUCGAUGGAAUACACAGGGAAAAUAAUACCGAUAUCAAGCAUAAUUUGAUGGUGUCUUUCAUGAAUUUGAACAAAAUUUGACAGAAAUGAAGUUUUAUGAUUAUAUUUAGUAACCUAUGUGAAAAUACAUUUGUUUACAAAAAGGAAAACUUGCAUCGUUGAAGGAUUAUACAUUGCUAAUGCAAAGUGAGCACUAUAUAAGAAACAAGUAGAUGCCAUAUAAUGUGUAGCUGCUGCAGUUCCAAAAAUAAUCUUUAAUUUGUGCUAAAUUGCUUACUGAAUUAUUAUUUAUAUCAAGUUCACAUACUUCUGAUCAUUCAUUCCAGUUUAAUAUACUCACAUUCUACCACUAAUUCUAAUGUUGAAUGCUGUGAUGGAUAACUUAGUACUAUACUUUUUUGUCUUUUAAAAUGUUAUGAGGAUUUAUUGAUAGUUUUGUUUUACACAUAUAGUAUGUAUUUAUGAAUGUUUUAUUGUAAAAUACUGUACUUUACCAUUCAUUUUUCCUCAUCUGUGAUUUUAAACUUGAAUAAACUUUUAAAUCAUUGAA